AUGCCCGAGACCGCGUCGCCCGACCAUGUGCUUCCGGACGCGGACUCUCUGGCAUCACCAACAGCAAACAGAACCCUCGCCGUUGACGCAAGUGACGCGCCGCCCGUCGAGAUAGACGGCCGAGAUGCCGCUGCGGAAUCCCAUGCGAAUGGACAUGUCCACGACGACGCGACGCCUGCUCAGGCAAAUGGCCACGUGCUGCAGACAGCCGAAGCCAUGGACGACCAUCGAGACAACGACGGCGAGCGGCCGGCCAAGAGGCAGAGAACGCGGAAUUCGACUCCUCCACCGCCUGCCAUCCGAAAGCUGAAGCCCAUAUCGCCACCGUGGAAGAAGAUCGAGGCUGACGGGCCAACAUCAUACCAUGAGAACGGACGGCGCAAAUCUGGCCGCAUCAAUUCGCAGCCUGUCCCAGCCGAGCUGCCCAGUACGAAGCGCACAACGAGGCAUUCUACCAAUGGAUCGACUGGAAACGUGCUCAAGGAAAGCCCACUGCCUAAUGGCAAGUCCAACAAGGCCGCAGGAGGUGGCGCAUCCAAACAGAAACCCACGAGCAAGGCCACGCCAGCUCAUUCUACUCCCUCCGAAACGAACUCGAGAUAUGGCUCUAGAAGGGGUGCUGCCCCCGAACCUAGAUCAUCCUCCAGACUCUCACGUCGAAAAACUCCUUCGCCCACUCCGCCAUCCCUCAGACACUCGACACGCACACGAAGAGGAGCCGCAAUUGCGCCAGAUACCCCGACCAGCGUUACCAAACAAAAUACGUUUGAGAGCUCCGGCAAAUCACCGCGAUUAAAGCUCAAGGUUGGGCCUCGGCUCACAGUGAUUCCUUUGGUUCAUCCAGACCAAGUACGCAAGCGACCACGAAUAGGGACAGAUUUCGAUGACUUCUGGGAUCGAGCUGGGAGUAUUCCGGUAGAGGAGGGCGGCCUUUUGAUGUCUGAGGAUGGACCCCCUUAUACGGACGAAAUGGCGCAAACCGAUGCGCGGAUGGUUCUUCGUAUUGAGCGCGAGGUCGAACCGGGGGGGCUCCUUUCUGUUCAACGAUGCUCACUAUUCGUACCUGAAGGAGAAGAGGAACCACCACGACAAUGGGCUCGUCAGGAUCACAUGACAAGGGCUGCAAGCCACUUUCGAAAACUCAUGAUUAUAGAACAACAACGACAUCGAUCGGUGGCUAAGAAGCUUGCCGAAGCAUGUCGCGAAGAAUGGCUGCGCCGGCAGCCCAAGUCAGCUGAAGAGAUAGAAGCAGAAGCCAGAGCCGUGUGGCUAAUGCGCUACCGCGUUGUUCUCAGAUCACUCUUUGGCACUUGGGAAAAUAUUCGAGCAGAAGUGAAUCGGCGGCGAUUGGCACAAUGGGAAGCAGAUGAGCAGAAAAGGGUCAAGGCUGCUCUCAACCAAGCCGUUAGUUUAUCGGAGCAGAAGCUGCAGGCUCGGCGCGCUGGAGGUGUAGAUUCUGAAUCUCUCUACGACGAGGAUGAUGGCUUUGAUGAUCUAAGUGACAGCGCUAACGGAGACGACGGCGAAGAUGACGAUUCGCGUCUGGCUUCGGCAGAGAUGGGUGGUAGUAGUGAUGGCGGCGACGAAGGCGACGAUAGCGACAUGAUGUCUUCUUCUGAAGAUGAAGAAGAUGAAGACCACAAGGACGCGGCAGAUGAAGGCCUUACUCAGGAACAGUUGCGUGCGAAAUACGCCAAUAUACCUGAGUUGGAAGCCCCUGAGGAGCCAGAGUCGGUCGCCGAGAAUGCAGAGACCCCUGGGAAUGCAGAAGGAUCAGAUGCCGAGACCAGCGAUGAAUCAGUAGACAUGGACGACGACCUAGGCUCAACUGAUUUUGACGGUAGUGGCGAAUCCGGAGAUGAAGGGUCAAGCGAUGAAUCGGGAUCCGAAGAUGGAGCCGGUGGGCUGCUUGGGCUUUUCUUUGGGAAGUCGGAGCUUAAAGCAAUGUCAAAGGGUGAAGCAAAGGCUGAAAGUCCUGAGCAAGAAGUGGCUCAAGUCGCUGAAUCCGAGGUGGACGUGACGCAGCCAGACCCUGAAUUUGAAGAUGAGGAUGAAAUGUCGCUUGUCCGUCACCCUGAUUCAAUAAACGGUGACGAUGCAAAAGAAAACGGAGAUGGUACCAAUGAUAUUCCAUCUACAAAGGAUACCAAGCCAGACAACACGGAAACCGCAGAACAGCCUGACAAUGAAACCAAAGAGCCGGAUGUUCCUCCUUCAGACCAUACUGACAUGGAGUUGGAAAAUGUUGAUCAGGACACGAUAAUGGCUGAUGCUCCGGCGCAUUCGCCAGCUACCGACGCAUCGAAAUCGGAAGAGAUUAAAAGCACUACAGCUUCAGACAAAUCCGCGCAUCCUGAAACUGAGAUUACGAAUAAACAGACUGAGCCAGCGGAAUCAAUACCUGCCGCCACUAACGAAGUCACGACACUUGAGCCUUCCGCUCACAAAGUUGAAGUUCCGCCUCUCCUCCGGGGAACACUACGCGAAUAUCAAAGACAAGGCCUCGACUGGCUGGCUGGUCUUUAUGCAAACAAUACCAACGGCAUCUUGGCAGAUGAGAUGGGCCUUGGUAAGACGAUUCAGACCAUUGCGCUGCUGGCGCACCUUGCCUGCCGUCACGAAGUCUGGGGCCCCCAUCUUGUAAUCGUUCCCACCAGCGUCAUGUUGAAUUGGGAAAUGGAAUUCAAAAAGUGGUGUCCUGGCUUCAAGAUACUCGCCUAUUAUGGCUCUCAAGAAGAACGAAAGAGAAAGCGACAGGGAUGGAACAAUGACGAUGUUUGGAACGUCUGUAUUACUUCCUAUCAGCUGGUGCUCCAAGAUCAACAGGUGUUUAGACGCCGUAGAUGGCACUACAUGAUCCUAGAUGAAGCGCACAACAUCAAAAAUUUCAAGUCGCAGAGGUGGCAGACAUUGCUGGGAUUCAAUACACACUCACGACUCCUCCUGACCGGAACGCCUCUGCAAAAUAACCUGACAGAAUUGUGGUCGCUACUCUUUUUCCUGAUGCCUGCGGAAAACGGUGUUGGAGGAUUUGCAGAUCUGCAAGAGUUCCAUGACUGGUUUCGCAAACCUGAGUCACAAAUUUUGGAGAAUGGAAGAGAUCAAAUGGACGAUGAAGCAAAGGCCAUCAUCGGAAAGCUUCAUAAAGUUUUACGCCCCUAUCUUCUUAGGCGUCUUAAAGCCGACGUAGAGAAGCAAAUGCCGGCCAAGUACGAACAUGUCGAGUUCUGCCGGCUUUCAAAGCGUCAGCGUGAGCUGUACGAUGGGUUUUUAGCACGCAGCGACACGAGGAACACGCUGGCGUCUGGCAAUUAUCUCUCCAUUAUCAAUUGUCUGAUGCAGCUUCGUAAGGUCUGCAAUCAUCCCGAUUUGUUUGUCGACCGUCCUAUCAUGACCUCGUUCCGCAUGCGCAAAUCCGUAACCUCAGAUUAUGAGGCUGCAGUGAGGGCUGUGCAGCAUUCUUUUCUCGCAGAAAGCCCAAUGAGCUCUGUCAAUUUAGCCUUUCUGAAUCUAGUACCAACAAAGCACGAGCAUCUGUCUACGAUGAAGGCUGAUAGCAUUGCCCAAUUAAGCUCACACCGCAUACUGAUGGAUCUCCGAGAAGCACAGAAGAGUCGAGCGCAAAACGCCUACACAACUCUUGAUCCAGGCACGGUAGAAUCGAAUAUUGCCUAUGUUGAGAGUGCUGCCAGAUGGGGACGCUUUGAAGAACUGCAGCACUGUGUCUAUCUCAAUGCCCUUCGUCGCCAGCAAAGGCCAAUCUAUGGGAGCAAUGUCGUUGCAUUACUAAAUAUCAACGCCCAUAACCCUCUUCGCAAGCCUCGGCCUCGAGUACCCCGGAAAAUCAUGGGCUGGUUCGAGUCCGACUCGGCCUUUGUGCAAGCAUUGACUCCAUCUCUCGACCAGAGAGCCGAUAGCCUCAAGACUACUAUUGAAAAGUUCUCUUGCGUCACGCCCGCGGUCGUGACUCGAGACCUCGACCAGUUCAUUCUGGGUCGCAAGGGCAUCGAGGCGUUUACGGAUGAAGACCUCAAGCUAUCAGCACCAGUGCGAUGGGCGCCCUUUAUGCCCAAGCAGCCCCCCUCGGAUCCCUGGCAUGAAGCCCGAAUGCGUCUUACUAUUCAGUUUCCCGACAAGCGCCUCCUUCAGUAUGACUGCGGCAAGCUGCAAGCCCUGGACAAAUUGCUCCGCAAGCUACAAAGUGGCGGUCAUCGCGCGCUCAUCUUUACGCAAAUGACAAAGGUGCUCGACAUUCUGGAGCAGUUUUUGAACAUUCAUGGACACAAGUAUCUACGACUUGACGGUGCCACGAAAGUUGAACAACGUCAAAUUUUGACUGAUCGCUUCAACCAUGAUUCGCGCAUUCUUUGCUUCAUCUUGUCCACUCGAUCAGGAGGACUGGGAAUUAACCUGACGGGCGCAGAUACGGUCAUAUUUUACGAUCAGGACUGGAAUCCGGCCAUGGAUAAACAGUGCCAAGACCGAUGUCAUCGUAUCGGCCAGACACGCGACGUGCACAUUUACCGCCUCGUUAGCGAGCAUACCAUUGAAGCGAAUAUUCUUCGCAAGGCAUCACAAAAGCAGAUGCUAGACGACGUUGUUAUCCAAGAGGGAGAAUUCACUACGGAUACUUUUGAUCGCCCUUCCGUCAGAGACGUCCUUGGCGAGAAGGUCGAUUUCAUGAGCGAGGGCGUUGCUGCUGCGGAUGCCGCUCUUGAUCUGGUUCUUGGCGGAUCUGAAAGCAGUAACGAUCAACGCCGCGUUGGCCGCGUUUUCGAGCAGGCCGAAGACAAAGAAGACGUCGCUGCCGCUCGUGUUGCAGAAAAGGAGAUUCUCGCCGACGACGCUGACUUUACGGAGAAGCCUGGCGGACCUACCUCGGGCACAUCAACAGCACGACAAGGAACGCCAGCGGGCAAGUCCAUCUUUGACGGCGGCAUUGGUAUACUAGAUGGCCCGGAUGAAAACGGUAUCGACAUAAUCGAGGAGUACAAUGCUUGGGGCGGGAGAUUGGGCAAUAUUGAUGACUAUAUGCUUUCUAUCAUGACUGAGGAACUGAAAUUUACGAAAUUGGAAUUGCCAAAGGAUAAGAAGAAGGGGAAAAAGAAGGGCAAAGACACAAGGAAACGGUAA